UGAUUUUAUGAAAAUAUAUUUAUUUUAUUAUUUAGCUGGUUUACCGUUAUUGGUGCAGCGAUCUAUUGCUCGUCAAAUACAAUUAUGCCAUGUUAUUGGAAAGGGUCGCUUCGGUGAGGUAUACCGUGGACGUUGGCGUGGUGAAAAUGUUGCAGUCAAAAUAUUUUCUAGUCGUGAGGAAUGUUCAUGGUUCCGAGAAGCAGAAAUCUAUCAAACCGUUAUGUUAAGGCAUGAAAAUAUAUUAGGUUUUAUUGCGGCAGAUAAUAAAGAUAAUGGUACGUGGACGCAGCUAUGGCUAGUAACUGAUUAUCAUGAAAAUGGGUCGUUAUUCGAUUAUCUUACAACGCAUAUUGUUGAUACAAAAACAAUGCUUAAUAUGGUACUUUCAAUUGCUACUGGUUUAGCACACUUGCAUAUGGAUAUUGUAGGUACACGAGGAAAGCCAGCCAUAGCACAUCGUGACUUGAAGUCUAAAAAUAUAUUAGUAAAGUCAAAUUUAAGUUGUGCUAUUGGAGAUUUGGGUUUAGCUGUACGUCACGUUGAAAAAAAUGAUUCGGUUGAUAUUCCUUCAACUCAUCGUGUGGGCACGAAAAGAUAUAUGGCACCCGAAGUACUAGAUGAAAGUAUGAGCGCACAACAUUUUGAUUCAUACAAACGUGCUGAUGUAUAUGCUUUUGGGUUAAUAUUAUGGGAGAUAGCACGUCGUUGCAAUAGUGGAAUGAUGUAUGAUGAAUAUCAAUUACCAUAUUAUGAUGUGGUGCAACCUGACCCAAGUAUUGAGGAAAUGAGAAAGGUUGUAUGUGGUGAUAAAAUGCGACCUAGUAUACCAAAUCGUUGGCACACUUCUGACGUGCUUCACAGCAUGGCCAAAGUAAUGAAAGAGUGUUGGUAUCCAAAUCCUGUUGCGAGGUUAACAGCACUUAGAAUUAAAAAAACAUUGGCUAGUAUAACAGUAGAGGACAAAAUUAAACACUGAACAUUUUAUUAAAAUGUUUUAUUGUUUGUAAUAAACUGACCCAUAAAAUAAAUAUAAAUACUAUUUCACUUAUGCAUUUGCGUUGGAUCGGAUAUAAUUAUGCAUACAGUUUUUAUAUUGU